AUGUCGGCUCAGAACUCCGCGGGCAUUCAGACCCUCCUCGAUGCCGAGAGAGAGGCCCAGAAGAUUGUGCAGCAAGACCGUACAAAGCGGAUAAAGGACGCCAAGGCUGAGGCACAGAAGGAAAUCGAAGAAUACAAGAGCCAGAAGGAAGAGGAGUACAAGAAGUUCGAGGCUGAGCACUCGAGCGGAUUCAAGAAGGCCGAAGACGAUGCCAACAAGGAGACCGAGGUCAAGCUCCAGGAGAUUAAGGACGCCGGCAAGAAGCAGGGCGACAAGGUCGUUGCGGACCUCCUCCGCGUGACGACUGAUGUGAAGCCCCAGGUGCCCGAGAAGAUUAAGGCAUAA